AUGGGAGAUGACGAAGAAAUAAUAAAGGUACCCCUCGAUAGAAAAUUGCUACUUGACAAGGAGAAGUGGGAAUUAUUUAUAUUAACAAUUGAAGCCAUAAACGAAAAUUUAAGAUAUGGAAAUAACGUUACUUCCGAUAAAGGUGAGGUACCCUCAAUUAUUGAACGACCCAAUAUGAAUAUCAAUUUAUACGCACGUUAUAACACUUCAGCUUUGGCUGUGUACCAAUUGAUGACUGGUGACACCAAAUCUAUAGAAUCGUGGGAAUUAAAUCAAAACCCAACGCUUGUUAUGUUAUGGAUCUCAUUUUCUUUACUUAUUGUCGUAUUUCUAUUAAAUUUAUUCAUUGGAUUAUUGAGUGAAGCUAUGCAAGAAUAUUGUAAUAAAGAAUUUUUGUUUCAAAAGGCCGACAUAAUAGUCGAAAUUGAAUUAUUUUGGUUACUUCCAUGUCAAAGAAAUUGGAAGGAAUGGUUUCCUGAAAUCAUAUGGUAUAAUGUUUAUGUGGAUGAACUUCGAAACAAAAUACUUGAGAUUCGUAGUCGUGACUUAUAUAAAGGCGAUAAACCUAUGAUUCAUCCAAAACUUUUAGAACUUACCAGAAUGAAAUAG